CACAAGACAAAAAAGCGAAAAAUGGCAAGAGGAAAGAUAGCAAUAACUAGGAUUGAGAACCGUACAGCCAGGCAAGUCACCUUUUCCAAACGCAGGGCAGGGCUUUUCAAGAAGACCCAUGAGCUCUCUGUGCUCUGUGAUGCUGAAAUAGGACUCAUCGUCUUCUCAAGCAAUGGGAAGCUUUCUGAAUUCUGCAGUGAGUCGUCCAGCAUACCACACAUCAUCAAAAGGUAUGAAAUUUCUAAAGGAAUGCGCGUUUCAGAAAGCAAUGACUCGGAACAAAUCCUGAAGGAGUUGAAAAGAAUCAGGAAAGAGACAGAUGAUCUUCAGUUGAGUAUGCGAUGCUACAAAGGCGAAAGCUUGAGUUCCUUGCACUAUGAGGAUCUGGUUGAGCUUGAAAAGCAGUUGGAGUGCUCAGUGAACAAGGUUCGAGCUCGGAAGUUUGAGCUUCUUCAACAGCAGGUGGACAAUCUGCGAAGAAAGGAGAAAAUGCUGGAGGUGGAAAAUCAACACUUUUGGCAUUGGAUGCAGCAUCAAGUCGCAACAUUGGAGCAGCAACAUGCAGCUGUAGCAACGGUGAAGCCAGACGAACAGCAGAGAAUGCUCGAGGAAUUCCAGUUUUUUGGUGAUGAACAGCGUAUCAGUAAUCUGCUACAGCUUGCUCCUCUCCCUCCACAGUUCCAACCUUGCCGUGUCCAGCCUACACAGCCCAACCUUCAAGAUUCCAGUCUCUCCAUCCCUGAUCCCUCCAAUUACAUGUGGCAACACAAUGCAUGCACUAGCCUAUUCCAUUAG